AUGGCACCCUUUGACCUGGAUGCGUGCAUAGAACAGCUGCUGCGAAAACAGCCCCUGAACGAGGCACUGCUGAGAGAAAUAUGUGAGAAAACGAAGGAGGUCCUGAUGCGGGAAUCCAAUGUAGUACAUGUCAGUGCACCCGUAAUUGUAGUGGGGGAUAUCCAUGGUCAGUCCUAUGAUCUUGUAGAAAUAUUCCGGAUAGGUGGAUAUGCGCCCAACACGAACUACCUCUUCCUUGGUGAUUACGUCGACAGAGGGCUGUUCAGCGUCGAAACAAUCUCUCUAUUGACGUGCUUGAAGCUACGGUACCCUGAUCGAGUCCAGUUAAUAAGAGGAAACCAUGAAUCACGCGCUGUCACUCAAACGUACGGUUUCUACACUGAAUGCCUCCGGAAGUAUGGUAAUUCGCACGUCUGGACAUACUUCACCGACAUGUUCGACUUCCUGACUCUGUCGGUGGUCAUUGACGACCGAAUAUUCUGUGUACACGGCGGUCUAUCACCCUCUAUACAUUCAAUAGAUCAAAUCAAAGUCUAUGACCGCUUUCGAGAGAUACCCCAUGAGGGUCCUAUGGCCGACCUCGUCUGGUCAGAUCCCGAUCCUGAGAAAGAGGAUUUCGCAAUCUCUCCAAGAGGGGCUGGAUACACGUUUGGAUUCGGCGUUGUCCAUAAGUUUCUCGAGAUCAACAACAUGUCGCAUAUCCUCCGUGCCCACCAGCUAUGUAUGGAGGGCUAUUCCUCUCUGUUCGAUAAGCAUCUUAUAUUGGAAGUCGGACCGGGCGGAUCCAUGUAUUUUAACGUGUUCGAAGCCGCACCCGAGAACGAAAGAGACGGACCGACCUCCGGAGUAUUUCUUAUAAACGCCCAUCCGGCACCACCCACGCGAAUUGUGGAUUAUCGAUCUCGCCAACUUCAAGAGUGUCAUUGCAUUCGCUGACAAGGCUGAGCAGGAGCUGGACCGACUGGAUAUCCUGGUGGAGAAUGCUGGCAUUGCAACAUGGAACUAUGAACAAGUAGAGGGUUGGGAGAAAACUAUACUUACGAAUAAUCUCGAUCCUGGCCUACUCGCUAUUCGUAUGACCCCAAAGAUGCUCGACACCGCGCGCAAGUAUUCGGUCAACCCGAGGCUCGUCAUCGUCGCAAGUGAUGCGCACUAUUGGACGACGAUAGAACAAAAUGUCGUCGCUUCCCCUGGAAUCCUCGCGAAGCUGUCAGACAAGGAGUAUUGCACAGAAGAGUACGUUCAAGUCCCGUAUGGUCCCGCAUCUUUGUUGCUGAAUUAUGAAUGAGGGUAAUGAAGCACCGGUACCAUGAUACCAAAUGUGCG